AUGCUGCAGAAGCCACCUAUUUUAGAACUUUAUUUUAUUGCUAAUUCCAUGAUGAAAUUCAUGCUAAAAGAGGACCUGUGUGUUAUCCCCCUGUUCUUCUUUGCAGGCAUUGGCACGUUAAUAGCAAACAAUGUUUAUGAUGCAGCCUACCCACUUCACGAUGGUGAAUAUGAAGGCCAAAAUGAUGACAUGAAUGAAAGAAAGUUGCUGUAUCAAGAAUGGGCAAGAUAUGGAGCGUUUUACAAGUUUCAGCCUAUUGAUCUCAUAAGGAAGUAUUUUGGAGAAAAGAUAGGACUUUAUUUUGCAUGGCUGGGUUUAUACACAGAAUUCCUCAUUCCAUCUUCAGUAGUUGGGAUUAUUGUAUUUCUAUAUGGAUGUAUAACCAUUGAAAGUGACAUUCCUAGCAAAGAGAUGUGUGACCAGCGCAAUGCCUUCACCAUGUGCCCCCUGUGUGACAAGUUCUGUGAUUACUGGAACCUCAGCUCUGCCUGUGCCACCGCUCGAGCGAGUCACUUGUUUGACAACCCUGCCACGGUUUUCUUCUCCAUCUUUAUGGCUCUCUGGGCGACCAUGUUCCUUGAACAAUGGAAGCGUUUGCAGAUGAGAUUGAGUUACUUCUGGGAUCUUACUGGACUGGAAGAAGAAGAGGAGCAUCCCAGGCCAGAGUAUGAAACGAAACUGCUGCAGAAAAAGCUGAAAAAGAAAAACAUCACAACAGAAAGUACAAAUGAGUGGUUGCAAAAGUCACUUUUUGGUGCUCUAAAUUAUUCUUUUGAGCUGGUUGGUGGUGCUGUGGUGAAAUGCAGGCCUGCAGUGCCAUUGCAGGGCUUUGAAGUCAUGUCUUUCAAAGUAAAGCAAUUUGCAUAG